UUUUGUUGACAUCGUGGAAGAUUGUUGCAUAGUUGUUAUUUUCUACAAUGAUUUAGAAAAUAUUUGUUAUAUAAAAGAAAAUAUAACAAAUAAUAAAUGUAAAUUGGUUGUUGCCAAAUCAUCAUUAUAAUCCUGAUAUAGAGAAAAAAUUAAUAAUUAUUUUUAUGCAUUAUUUCACGUUAUGAUAACAUGUAUCAAUUGAUUAGUUGUAAACAAAAAAUUGACACGUAGAUUUUAACAAACGAAAUAAAAGAUUUUUUGUCAAAAUGUCGGGAGAAACAGAUAUUGUUGAUAGCCAAGUACAGUUACCUCAAGAUCUUGGCGAUGAUGUUGUACAAGAAGUGCUUAAAACUGGUAUGGAUCUCCGUCAAUAUUCUGAACAAAUUGAGGAAGAAUUAAAAGAGGUCGAAAAUAAAUCUAUACAAGAUUAUAUCAAGGAGAGUCAGAAUAUAGUGAAUUUACAUAAUCAAAUUACAGCAUGCGAUAAUAUUCUAGAGAAAAUGGAAUCAAUGCUUAUGUGUUUCCAAAAAGAUCUUGGAAGUAUCAGCUCUGAGAUUCUUUCAUUACAACGAAAGUCUGUUGCUAUGAGCCAACAAUUAUCAAAUAGACAAUCGAUACGGAAACCUUUAAGUCAAUUCAUCGAAAAUAUGACUGUUUCAGAAGCUCUUAUAAUUGGAAUUAUGGACUGUUCUGUGAUGGAAAAAGAAUUUUUGACUCAGUUACAGAUAUUGAAUUAUAAAAUUAAUUUUGUGAGAGAACAAAGCUCAAAAGCCAAGUCAUGUAUAGAUGUAAAAGAUAUAUUGGAAAAAUUGAAAGUGAAAGCAAUGACAAAGAUUAGGUCUUAUUUGAUAGAGCAAAUUUAUAGGUUUAGAAAACCAAUGGCAAAUUAUCAAAUAUUACAGAAUAAUAUGUUGAAAUAUAAGUUUUUCUAUGAAUUUAUUUUAGCAAAUGAAGAUAAUGUAGCAUAUGAAAUUCGUGAAGAAUAUAUAGAUACUAUGAGUAAAAUAUAUUACUCAUACUUUAAAGCAUAUUCAUCUAAAUUAAUGAAAUUACAGUUUGAAGAAAAACCAACUAAAGAUGAUUUAAUGGGAAUUGAAGAUACAGCAAGACAUAGUAUAUUUCACAAAACUACAUUGAAACAUAGAGGAACUGUUUUUUCUAUAAAUACUAGAGAUGCAGUUCUUACCACAGAAUUAGAAGCUUCAAUCAUUGUGCCACUUACAGCUUCUAACAUUAGGUAUCAUUAUGAAGCUCUUUUUAGAAGUGAACAAUAUGCAGUUGUUGAUAAUGCUUGUAGAGAAUAUUUAUUUUUAACAGAAUUUUUUAAAGUGUCUGGUAAUGAAGCUAUGAAAAUUUUUAAUAAGGUUAUGGAGAAAACAUUAAAUCUUAUGGCAAAGAAUUUGCAAUCAUUUGUAGACGAUUGUUACGAUACAAUAGCAUUAUUUUUAUGCUUGCAUUUGGUAAUGCGUUAUCAAUUAACAUGUCAUAAAAGAGCAGUUCCAGCAUUGGAUGAAUAUUGGGCCAAUUUGACAGAUAUUAUACGGCCAAGAUUUGAUUUCAUUUUUCGACAAAAUAUUCAAAGUAUAAAAAAUUGUGAUCCAUUAAAAUUUAGUAAAGAGACUGGGCCACAUUAUAUUACAAGAAGAUACGCUGAAUUUAGUGCAGCCAUGGUCAGUAUACUUGAAGGAUUUCCUUGUGAAGAUACAACUCAAUUAUUGGCAGAACUUAGAGAAGUUGUUCAAUUUUUUUUAUUAAGAAUGGCAGCUAUUUUUUCUAACAGAAUUGAUCAAUUAAUUUUUCUUAUCAAUAAUUAUGAUUUAGUGCUGAGUGUUCUUAUGGAAAGAACACGAGAUAAUUCUAAAGAAGCAGAAAGUUUUCGAGAACAGUUAAAUGCACGUUCUUCCGAAUAUGUCGAAGCAGUAUUAAAUCAAUAUUUCGGUGGUAUCAUUCAAUUAAUUAAGGAAUCUGAAAAUUUAAUUGAGAAAAAUCAAGAUGAAGAUUUGAAAAGACAAGAUAGUGAAGCAUUGACUCUCGUGCAAUUAUUUACAAAUACGUGGAAAUGUUCUUUAAAAGGUAUCAAUGAUGAAAUAUUGAGAUCAUUUCCAAAUCUAGUAAUUGGAAAUGCAUUAGUUCAACGUGCGAUGACUCAAUUAGUGCAAUAUUAUAACAGACUUCAUAAAAUAUUACCACCAAACGCACGAGCGCAACUUACCAACAUACAUCACAUAAUGAUAGAAGUUAAGAAAUAUAAGACGAAUUAUUAGAUCUGCAAAGAAUUCAUAUACUGAUUAGAAUAUCAGUCAUAAAUGAUCUGUGUGUUGUAUUCCAUUUGUCGAGUUAAUAAGAAAUGUGUAUACAAAUAUUUAAUGAAAAAGGUUCUGUACAUUUAUUUAUAAAAUAAUAAUCUUAUAUGAAUACA